GCUGCCAACCCGAGUGAUGCCGCGUCCGGCUUGAAGAGGGGCGCCGGGCUGGGUCUCCACAGCCGCGGCGCAGACGGGGUCCGAGAACCGAAGAAAAAGCUCGCCAUCGCCUGAUGCAGAAUUAACAUCAGCACUUGACUGCCAGUAGGAUGAGGUUUUAAACCAUGAUGGCGCUUUUCACAGGACCACUGAAUUUCUACAAACUUGUGUACAUCAGUGUUAUGACUUCUACUUUGUACAACUUACUUGAAACAUCUGUGUCACCAUUCAUCGUGGAUGUGAAAUCACAAGAUUUUGAAUACAUUGUAUCAUGGAAAGGUGGAAAUAAUACAGGGACACCACCACCAUGUUACCAUGUGAAGUAUAAAACAAUACCCAGGUUUAUUUGUCUCAAUGGAACACAGUCAAAGUCAUUAGAGGGAGGCCAGGUACCAGAUGUUUCUUCCAGCAAAUCCAGGUCUCAGCAAAGUGAAGCUCCAGACCAUCACAUUCCAGGACCAGGGAAGCUGCCUCCAUGUCCAACUGCGACAGGACCCAGUGUAUCGUGGGAAACAGGCAUUGGCAGAUUACCCAAAUCAGGCUUAAAGACCGUUGUGGAAUGUUCCAAUAUCAGGCGUUCAUUUUGUAACCUGACAAAAGAGUUCACAGAUCCUUGCAAGCUUUACGUGAUUUUUGUGGAGCAGGUCACAGAAACCGGAGCUGUGUUCUCAUAUAAAGAUUUCAUUCCAUACCUAAACACUUGCCUAGCACCAUCUCACUUUACGAUUUCUGCUUGUCCCAACUGCAUUAAUGUGACAGUGAAACUUUCAUCCUCGUUACUUAAAAUAUACCAGGAACUUGACUAUAAAAUCACUGUGACAAAAGAAGAUUUCAAACAAGAGUACUCUUCUAAAAAUAGCAGACAAGAAAUUUCUCACAGUGUUAUUGAGAAUUUGCAGCCAAAUACAAAUUAUUGUAUUGCCGUUGAUGUGUCUUCAACUGUAGUGAAGCAGUGUGCUCCAUCCCCGCUCAAAUGUAUUGUCACCGGCUCCAAGAAUAAAUCAGCUCUUAACAUCAUGCCAGCCUUCAUUGGCAUAUUUAUACCAUUGGCAGUGGGAGUCACUCUGCUUGUCCUGCAUCGAGCUGGUGUGUUUUGCUUAAAAAUGCCAAAAUGGCCAAAAGCCUUGAAAUUCAUACCUAGAUUGGCUUAUUCCAUCUUUGAAUCAGAUCCUGAAGAAGUGCACACCGUCCAGGUCACCCAGAAAAAUAACAAAAAAGUCUCAGGAGACAAUUCUGAUGACGACAGUGAAAGUGACAUUGAAAAUGAGAAUUUCUAUUCUAAGCGUAACUUCUUGGGCAAGAUUUCAGAACCCUGCUCCGAGGUGGACAUUGUAGAGCAGCUGUCUAUAGACUGCUCAUCUACUACAACUGAAAUAGCUGAACCUCUGUGUGAUAUGGCAGAAAACCUUCAGAAUGAUAUUAACAAAGAAGAAAGUCCAACAAGCCAAGUAUUUCCCCCUUCUUCUGAAGUGAACACUAGUAGUGAGCCUGAGACAGAGGAGCACAGCAGCUGCUUAAAUGUAAACUUAAAUACUGUGAUGCUAGGAAUGGCUGACGAAAUGUGGGAUGUUUCUGCAACACCAGUUGCAGAAACAGAAGAGGAGGCAACAGACUUGAAAGAUUCAGGUGUUUCUUAUGAAUAUGAGUCAGACCAUUUCACUGAUAUACCAUAUAUAAAGAGCUUUGGUGUUGAUAACCUCUCAUGUGCAUGGCAAAAUUCUAGCGGGUCUGGAGGAACUGAGACAUCUGAUUCAGAACCAGACUGUGUGGGUGACUACAUGAGCAGAUGAAUCAAUGAAAAGACAAGUUACCACUUUACAAUAUGCAACUUAUUCCCUUCUUAAAGAACUGAGUGGCGUAUGUUCUCUAACAUUUUCAGUUUUAUUCAGUUAUGCAUAAAAGUGCAGCACUGUUCUGAAUCCCCAUAGCAAGAACAUAUGACCAGCUGUUUGAUUUUUUGGGGGGUGAGUCACAGACCAAUCUACUUCAAGUAUAACUAAACACCAUCAACCAUUCCUGAAAGUCUAGUAAUGUGUCUAGAAAAAUAAUUCCAGCUUUCCGUGUAGUUGAAUGCUUGCAGGCCACAAUAACUUCAGAUCCUGUCCUGUUGCUGAGUGUAGUUUUGAAACCUAUCUUGAGUCUGGAUGUCUCAAUUAUGUAUAGUUGAUCAUCCAUACAACUAGAGCAUCAGAAGCACUUUACUGGUAGUGAAUUUCUUCAGAAUGGAUGUCUGUUUUCUGCGAGUUACAGCCAAAAAUCUUCCAAACCCUAAUGGUGCUAUCCUUUUGUUUAUACCUUAUACUUGUAUAUUUGUAAGGGUGGAGAGUUCAGUGCCAUUGCUUCUACUAUGAGCUUUGCUACCUGAGGCUUUUAACCCUCCACUUUACUGAGGCUUCUGCUUCUGGAUUCUUUGUUAAGAUCAGCUCCUUUUACACAUGUGUUUUUUCAAGGGGUUCUUUUUCUGCCUUUCUAUAUGUUCCAUUACACAAGCAUUAGGUGGUGCUAUGGUAUAACAGAACUGCACAAAUACACCAGGGUUUCAUGCCACCAUUCAAAAAAAUACCAGACUUUCCUCGUUAGAAGAAACACGCACGCUAUAAUGGUUGCAAAGGCUAUAAUGGGAGAGAAUCUGGAGGAGGAGGAUGGCGUGUAAAGCACCCACAAAUUACCAUGAGUGAGGAAUCAUGAGUGCACAAUAAAUGCCUUGUGUAGAAAGGCUUUAUGUGGGAAAGUACAGUUUGGUACUUCUACCUAUCAUCUUAGAGUGAUUUUUUUUUAUCAGUUUCUCAUUCCCGUGAAUAGAAUUGUAACAAUGACCUGGAUUGGGAGUUGCCAUUUCAAGUAGUUCCUUGAAUUGCAAACUUUUUUAUACCACUCAUUUUAAAAUACUUACCCAAACAUUCAUGUAAACAAAACGACCUGGGGCUUGUCUAUACAGCUUGUUUAGCCCAACCUAAAUGUGCAUAUUCGCAUUUCAGGACACAUGACACGACCGUCCAUUCUCCAUAGCGCCGGGUUUUUAAUGCAAUAAUGCACAUCUUCGCAUUCAUGAUUUACCGCAACUUUUAGAUCAUGUCUGAGUUUGCACCGUGUUAUGGUUAUGUGUCUUCGGGGGAGUUAAAUCGCAUUUUGACAUGUGGGUGGAGCUUUGAGGGCAGCACAACGUGAUUGGCCAAUUUCUCGAAUUCCCACCUAUCGGCUGCCUCGUUCGUCCGCCGUUUUUAGUUUGAAUUCUCUGAUUCUGCUGCCUCGUUCCCCCACAUACACACUCCUGGUUUGUCUGUAUAUGAACCUGCAGAGCUCCACAUAUAAAAUUUAUAGCUUUCAUCGUCUCUCCUCCAUAGCAUCGUACCAUCAUAUAUGCAUAUGUGCACAUUUAUAACUGCACUAUUAAAAAAAUUCAGGAAAUAAAUGGCUGUUGCUGCUGCAAUGUGACACUUUUUAGCUAGAUUUGAAUCAACGAAAAUUCAGGUUUAUAUUUAAUGAUGAGCAAUCCCGUUGUAUAGAUGGGGGCUAGGGUAUUAAAUUCUCUGAGUUGUGCAAGGCCAUCUUAUUCAACACAGAAAUAAAGUUUGAUGAUAAAUGUGCAGGAUACUUGCUGUACCAUGUUGGUAUACUGUCUCAAAACCAUAUUGAACUUAAUGUAUGUAAGUUGAGUUGGUUGUCAUGUCCUGUUAAACUACAUGUUACAUGCAAACAUGUAUUGCUGAGCCCUGACACAGUUGUUUUGUUUAUUAUGAAAAGCCAUUUCAGAAUAGGAAAAUUUAUAACAGAGGAAUGCUAAACCCUUUCUUCAUCCCCUAUUUGUUCACUCCAACUUGUUUAGACUUUCUGUAUCAACCUUAAUUCUACAAACCUUUGUAACAGUUAUGGUUUGCAGAGCUUUUCUAACUGCCAAGUAAGUUUCCUCAAGGCCCUGCAUGUUGUUUCUGUAGCUACAUACACACAUUACUAGAUUUUUCUGCUUCCCAUUCAUGCAGCUAUGACAGACAUUGGUGAAGAGUCGUGAUAUUUUGGGGGAGAACUCUAAAAUUUGGCUGGCUCUUCAGAUCUUGUUAUUCUGGAUUGUAUCUUCCACUCUGACUGACUAGUAGUACGUAAUGCAGCAAAGGGUGUUUUUUGUUUGUUUGUUUGUUUGUUUUUGCCUAGCUGGUUAAAAACUACCUUAAAUUUCUUGUGUCUGGAUGUCUGAUUAAUGUUCCACUAUUGGGUUUUAUUGUGGGGAAGUGACUCUUUCUUUAAUGGGGAACUUGCUUCUUUGCAGUGUUCUGUUGGAUUUCUAAACAAACAUUCUGAGAACAAUCACCCACUUCCUUGGGAACUAGGAGCCCAGACUGCUGCUUUAAAUAGUCCUUCCCAAUCAACACAAAAAAUCCUUCAUAUGUUUGUCCACUUCUUUCCGAUAGCUGAACUAAGGAUAAAGAAUGCAGGAUGAUUUCUGAGCACUUACACAGUAGAAGUUGUUAUUACAGUUACCUCAGUAUUAUUUGUACUUUUCUUUGCAUCUUUGUCAAACUGUACAGAAUUUAGCAUACUUUAAAGCAAGUACUUGUCUUAACCCUUUCAAGCCCUAAACAGCUCAGAGCCAAGUUCUGUGAAGGAUUGCCUCCUCCCAUAUAUUUCUACUCCAACCUUGAUGUCAUUGUCUGAGUGCCAUUGUCCAGUGAGAUCCAAUGGGUGGCUACAGGAAAGAGAGACUUCUCUAUGACUGCACCCCACUUGUGGAACACCUUCCCUAGAGAGGGUUCCCUGGUGCCUACUUGUACUCUACCAGGCUUUUUAGGGCCCCUAUAGGAAAAUUUUAAUGGUUUGAGGUUUUGGGUUUUUAAAGGAUUAAGACCUGACAGACUUUGAUUUUAUUGCUUAAUCUUUGUUAUGUUUUUCAUACUGUAAUUAUGGCCAUAGCUAGACCUAAGGUUUAUCCCUGGAUCGUCCAGGGGUCAAACCUGUUCAUCAAGGUGACACACAGGGGAUCCAGUGCUCAGGCAGGGGCGAACCUUGAUUGAUCCCAGGAUAAACCUUAGGUCUAGCUGUGGCCUAUAUUUUUUUAUUGUUCAUACUGUGUUUUUUUUAACAACCUUUUAUGUACUGCACCCAGACAAUUUCAGUUCUGGGGCAUUUUAGACAUACCAUAAAUA